AUGGAAGAGAAUCGUGCCCCAGAGCCAAUCGCAGUUAUCGGCCUGAGCUGCAAAUUUGCCGGCGAAGCUACAAAUGCUGAUAAUUUAUGGCAAAUGAUUGCUAAUGGACGAGAUGCUUGGUCUCAGAUCCCAUUGUCCAGAUUUAAUUGGGCGGGCUCUUUCCAUCCCGAUCACGAGAAAUCGAGCACUAUGCAUGUGCGUGCUGGAUACUUCAUCAACGAUGACCUUGGCAAUUUCGACGCAGCCUUCUUCAACCUGUCAGCCGAAACUGCAGCCUCUAUGGACCCUCAAUUUCGGCUUCAGUUGGAGUCUGUGUACGAAGCCCUGGAGAAUGCCGGGCAACCCAUCGAAACGAUAGCUGGUUCGGACACAUCUGUAUAUAUGGGAACGUUUAAUCACGACUAUAGGGAGGGUAUGAUACGUGAUGAAGAUGACUUGCCACGCUUCAUGAUUACCGGCACUGGCGCCGCCAUGGCCUCAAACCGCGUCUCGCAUUUCUUUGAUCUGAGAGGGGCUAGCAUGACGUUAGACACGGGUUGCUCGACAUCACUAGUGGCAUUGCAUCAAGCUGUCAGUGACUUGCGAUCUGGCAACUCGACCAUGGCGAUCGUUGGAAGUUCCAAUCUGAUGCUUAACCCUGAUAUGUUCAAGGCUCUCGGGUCUAUAGGCGUUCUCUCUCCUGACGGGAAGUCCUUUUCGUUCGAUUCAAGAGCGAAUGGGUACGGGCGAGGAGAGGGCGUGGCGACCGUCAUCAUCAAGCGCUGGAGAGAUGCUGUGGCUGCCGGAGACCCUAUCCGGGCAGUAAUACGUGAGACUUGCCUAAACCAGGACGGAAAAACAGAAACUAUCACUUCUCCAAGCUCUAAUGCACAAGAACAAUUGAUUCAUAAGUGCUACAAAAACGCGCUGCUCGACCCACUCGAAACACAAUACUUUGAGGCACAUGGCACAGGUACGCCAACUGGAGAUCCUAUUGAGCUUCAGGCAGUUGCAGCAGUCUUCCAAUCGCGUCAGAGUACAGAGCCGUUACAGAUUGGCUCUAUCAAGGCCAAUAUAGGACAUACGGAGCCAGUCAGUGGCCUCGCCAGCCUCAUCAAAGUGGUUAUGGCGCUCGAGCAUGGGGUCCUUCCACCGUCCAUCAACUUUGAGAAACCGAACGCAAAGCUCAACUUGAAGGAGUGGAAUUUUGAAGUUCCACAGAAGUUGGAGCCAUGGAUCCCGAAUUCCAAUGGGAUAAGGCGUGCGUCGAUCAACAACUUUGGCUACGGUGGCACGAAUGCCCAUGUCAUUGUUGAGAUGGGACCUCAAUGGAGGACUGAUUCUGGCAUUCACGCGACCAACGGAACCAGCCAUAUCAACGGACACACCAACGGUACCGAAUCAACAUUAGGCUCUGACCAGAAGCCGACUAGUGAAGGGAAUAACACAAAUUUCUCCCGGAACAAGACCAAGGUUCUUGUUCUCAGUGCAAGAGAUGAACAAACGUGUCAGCAUAUGAUCUCCAACUUGAAAGACCAUCUCCGACGUCUAAAGGACCAUGGGAAACCUGAUCAACUACUUCAGAGUAUUGUAUACACUCUGGGACACCGUCGGAGUAUGAUGCCUUGGGUUGCAGCAUGUCCCAUUUCCUACACGCGCGGUAUCUCUACGGUCGUUGAGUCUCUAGAAUCCUCUCAAUUCAAGCCCAAGCGAAUCGUGCGAACUCCACGUAUUGGCAUGGUGUUUACAGGUCAAGGGGCUCAGUGGUAUGCAAUGGGGAGAGAGCUGAUUAUCGCCUAUCCUGUGUUCAAAGCCUCCCUCGAGCUCGGAGAUGCAUACCUCAGAGAGCUUGGUGCAGACUGGUCGUUGAUGGAGGAGCUCAUGAGGGAUGCUACUGACACAAAGGUUUAUGAUACUGCUGUCAGUAUUCCUAUUUGCGCUGCACUGCAGAUAUCCCUGGUCAACUUACUCCAGAGCUGGGGUAUCAAGCCAGCAGCGGUGACAAGUCACUCAAGCGGAGAGAUCGCAGCUGCAUAUGCCGCCGGUGUUAUCGACUACCGAGCAUCCAUGGCCAUCGCUCAUUACCGAAGUGUUUUAUCGGCCGAUAAAGCUCUGAGAGGUUCUGUAAAGGGGGGCAUGGUAGCGGUCGGAGUGGGACCUGACCAUGCCGCGACCUACCUCGAAGAGCUGCAAAGCGAUGGAAAAGCAAGUAUCGCUUGUAUCAACAGCCCCAAGAGUGUGACCGUUGCAGGGGAUCUUUCGGCCAUCCUGGAAGUCGAGACUAGGGCUAAGGAUGAUGGUGUGUUAGCGAGUCGACUCAAUGUCGACAUUGGCUACCAUUCACAUCAGAUGGAGCCCAUCUCUCACAGAUAUAGAGAUGCACUGAGACGGGUAAAGCUUUUCAACUCUGCAAAUAACCUCGAGUCCAUCAUCUACGCUUCACCAGUAACUGGCGGCCGCAUGACCGAGGCUGAAGAAAUUGCCAGUGCCGAACAUUGGGUGGCAAGCUUGGUUCAGCCUGUCCAGUUCCUUGAUGCCUUCACCGACAUGGUUCUGGGUGGCUUUGACCCAUCUGGCACUAGUGUUGAUCUUGUAGUCGAGGUUGGACCCCAUUCAGCCUUGAGAGGCCCUAUCAGACAAAUUCUUGAGCUUCCUGAGUUUGGGGGUCUUCAAAUCCCUUACUACCCUUGUUUGAUUCGCAAGAAUGAUGCUAGAGAUACCAUGCAGGCACUGGCGGCAAAUCUGAUUGGUGAGGGCCUGGAACUACAAUUAGAUUCUCUCAACUUCCCAUAUGGACGAGAGAGCUUUGUCAACGUAUUGACAGACCUUCCCUCCUACCCAUGGAAUCACCAGAUAAGACAUUGGGUGGAGCCACGCUUCAAUAGAGCGCUGCGAGAAAGAGAUCAGGAACCGCACAGUCUUAUUGGCUCAUUAGUUCUAGGAACAGAGCGAGACUCUCCUUCUUGGCGCCAUGUACUUCGUGUGUCCGAGUCGCCUUGGCUUCGUGAUCACGUAGUCCAGUCCAAUGUCCUUUAUCCCGGAGCAGGCUUUAUCUGCUUGGCUGUCGCAGGUGUAGCACAGAUGGUUUCUAUGCAGGUGAUCAAAUCUGUGGAUAAACUUGGAAAGGAUCGACAGAUCUCUGGUUACAAACUGCGAGACGUUGAGAUCCUUCGAGCCCUGCUAGUGCCAGACAUCCAACCUUUAGAGCUUCAGACCAAACUCUGUCCUGCCUCUGAUAGAGAGAUUGGCCUCAGGGGAUGGUAUCAUUUUGAGAUUCUCUCUGUCACUGGCGAAAACCGAUGGAAUCUGCAUGCCAAGGGGUCUAUCAAAGUCGAGUUUGCCGAUGAGUCGACGCCGGGGGUAGGCGGACUCGAAGCAAUAUCUCCUUUGAUUCCUAGCACAGCACGUCGAAUCGCACCCGAUGAUGUGUUUGCUACUUUCAGAUCCGUCGGCAUCGAGCAUGGACCAGCAUUCCAAAACUUCAAGACUAUCCUCCAGUGUCAAACUGAACCACGAUCCAAGGCGACCAUAAUCGUUGCCGACACCUCUGCUAAUAACACCAUCAUCCACCCGACUACUUUCGAUUCCGUUGUGCAAGCGGCAUAUACUGCUCUUCCCAAGGCUGGAUAUUUCCAGGAGAGCCCCCGCGUGCCCCGCAGAUUCAGGCACAUUUGGAUAUCGAGUAAUAUCGGCCACGAGGCAGGACACGAAUUCGAGGCUUGCUCAAGAGUCAACGAUGCCAGUGCUCAGAGCUUUGAGGCAGAUGUUCGCCUUUUCGAUGCCCAAAAAGAUUCACAUGGCUCGCAAACUCCUGUCCUCGAGAUCCAGGGACUGUUUCUCCAGUCCCUUGGUCACGCCGUUGGUACCGGAAAUAAGCGGCCAUGGGAGAAUGAAGUUUGUAACAGGGUGGAAUGGGACAUUGACAUGACUGUCGCUGACCCCAGGACAUUCGAGAGGAUUAAAAAGGACCUUACACUCUCAGAUCCUGGGGAGAGUUUUACGAAAGAGCUACGGCCCAUUUGCCUAUACUAUAUUCACGAAGCACUUGCUGAGCUCUCGGAUCCUGAUGUCUCGAGUCUUAGUGGACACUUGGCCAAGUUCUACGGCUGGAUGCAGGAUCAGGUGAAGCUGGCCUUGCCAGAAACAAAAUCUGACAAUACAGACGAGACCCUUGAUCUGAGAUCUCUAAAUCCUGGGCUGAGACUCUUUCUUAUCAGCCAAGCUAUUACGAAAAGUGUCGCCGGUGAGAUGAUCUGUCGUCUCGGUCCGCAUCUUGCAGAUAUCUUGCGAGGAAAGACAACUCCUCUGGAAGUAAUGGCUCACAAUAAUCUUCUUUCGAGAUACUAUGAAGAAUCACCUGGCCUCAAACGCUGUUUCAGGCAACUAUCUCAGCUCCUCCGCAAGAUCGUUCACAAGAACCCCAGAGCUAGAAUCCUUGAAAUAGGUGCUGGUACAGGCAGCGUCACUCGCCAUGCCCUAGAAGUACUCGGAACCCGAGAUUCUGGUGGUCCACUAGCCGAGCUAUACCACUAUACGGAUAUCUCCAUGGGUUUCUUUGAGGCUGCUAGAGAGGAGUUAUCGGGGUGGAGCGAUGUACUAGCAUUCGACAAGCUGGAUAUCGAGCAGGAUCCUGCAGAACAAGGUUUCAAGCUUGGUUCUUACGAUAUCGUGAUUGCAUGCCAAGUCCUUCAUGCAACAAAGUCCAUCUCUCAUACAAUGGCUAAUGUUCGGAGCCUCAUGAAGCCCAGCAGCUCGCUGUUACUUAUUGAAACAACACAGGACCAGAUUGAUAUCCAGUUCAUCUUUGGCCUGCUGCCCGGAUGGUGGCUCAGCCAAGAGCCUACACGUCAGAAUAGUCCUUCCCUCAGUAUCCCGUCCUGGGAUAGCGCACUAAGGACUACAGGCUUCACAGGGGUUGACAUGGUCGUGAACGAAAGCGAAGAUGCUUCUGAGUAUGCAUUUAGCACUAUCAUGUCUCAUGCGAAAGCGGAGGUAGAUAGCUCGGUCGGGAUUCGCUCAGAGGACAUUGUUCUAGUUACGACUUCAAAAUCAGUUCCUCCGCGAGAUUGGAUAGUCUCUCUAGCACGGUCUAUCGGAGGAAAAGAUGACUCCUUUGCUGUGCAGCUCCUUGAUGCCCCUGAUGCCACUGAUUCUACCUACAGGGGCAAGAUAUGCGUCUUUUUGGCCGAGGUGGAGGACAACGUACUCUUUGAACUCAACUUGACGUUGUUAGAAGGGCUGAAACUCGUGGUAGCCAAUUGUCGUGGUCUUCUUUGGGUAACAAUUGGGGGAGCUAUCAAGUGUGAGAUUCCUUGCUCGGCAUUGGCUACAGGUUUUGUCCGUUCUUUGCGCAAUGAGUAUGUUGGCCGACGAAUCAUGACUUUAGACUUGGAUCCGUCUCCCACAACAUGGCCAUCUGCUGCCUCUGACGCCAUCUCGCGUAUUCUCAAGCAUUCUUUCAGAGACACGGAUGAUAGCGACAUGUUUGACGGCUCUGCAAUGGAUUUCGAGUUCGCGGAACGAGGCGAGGCUAUUAUGGUCCCGCGAUAUUACAAGGACACAAUUCGAAAUGAACUCGUCAUGCCACAGCAAAACCAGCAGUCAACAGACAAUGCUGUGACUGAGCUCUUCCAUCAGGAGCAUCCUGUUCGCCUCCAUGUUGGCACCCGAGGUCUCUUGGACACAUUGACAUUUGUUCACGAUGAAGUGGUCAUGACUGCCGAUGAUAGUCAGAUGUUGGAGAGCUUUGUCGAAAUCGAGGUUCGCGCUUAUGGGCUGAACUUCCGAGAUGUUAUGGUUGCCAUGGGCCAACUGGAAGACAAGAUCAUGGGUAUCGAGUGUGCCGGCAUCAUAACCAAAGUUGGCGCUGUGGCUGCUCUCCAUGGGCACUUUGUAGGCGAAAAGGUUUUUGCCCUUCUCCGCGGGCCUUUUGCAAGUCGCGUGCGAACCGAACAUUGGAACGCUGUUUCUAUACCAGAGGCAACGACCUUUGAAGAAGCAGCAUCCAUGCCCAUGGUGUUUACCACGGCGUACGUUGCUUUGUUCGACGUUGCUCACAUCCAGCGAGGUCAAUCUGUUCUGAUCCACGCCGCAGCGGGUGGCGUUGGCCAAGCAGCUAUCCAGUUGGCGCAGCAUCUCGGGGCCGAAAUCUAUGUCACUGUAGGCUCUCCAAAGAAGAAGAAGCUGAUCCAGCAGAGGUAUGGAAUUCCAGAUCACCACAUCUUUAAUAGCCGCGAUGCAUCGUUUGCCUCGGGGAUCCGUGACAUAACCGAAGGUCGCGGUGUUGAUCUUGUUCUGAACUCUCUUGCGGGUCCUUUGUUGCAAGAGAGCUUUGACCUUGUAGCUCCCUUUGGACACUUUGUCGAGAUUGGAAGACGAGACCUGGAACAAAACAGUUUCUUGGAGAUGCGCCCAUUUAUUCGCCAUAUAUCCUUCUCGUCACUGGAUGUACUCCACAUGACAAGAGGGAAAGGACCAGAUGUGCGACGAAUUCUCACCGAGAUUGCACGCCUAAAGCAGCGGAACGUGAUCGCGCCUGUUGAUCCGUUGACGAGUUACCCAAUCUCGGAUCUUACCAAAGCAUUCCGUCUCAUGCAGACAGGACAACACACAGGCAAGAUCGUGGUAUCAACAGGUCCGCUCCAGAAGGUUGCAGUUCAGCCCUACCCCAAGGACAUCAAGCUGUCGCCAGAUGCGUCUUAUCUAUUGGUUGGUGGCUUGGGGGGCAUCGGACAGUGUUUGGCGAGCUGGCUUGUCAAUCUUGGGGCCAGGCAGAUCAUUCUCAUGUCACGAAGUGCUGGGACAAAAGACGAGGAUGCGGUCUUUAUACGCGACUUGGCUGAGACAGGAUGCAGAAUUGAAUGCAUUAGCUGCGACGUCUCCAAGAGCCAUGAUCUUGAGAGAGCGUUGCAGCUGUGUACAGCCAAGGGGCUUCCGCCUAUUCGAGGUGUUAUUCACGCAGCCAUGGUGCUCCAAGACUCUAUUCUAGAGCAAAUGACUAUCGAGAAUUUCAGGGCGGCUGUUGUGCCAAAGGUUCAUGGGUCCUGGAAUCUGCAUACCAAAUUCCAGAAAGUUGACUUCUUCAUUAUGUUAUCAUCCAUCAAUGGUAUCGUCGGCUACGCCAGUCAGUCCAACUACUCAGCCGGAGGGUCAUAUCAAGAUGCUCUUGCCCAUUGGCGUGUUACAAUUGGUCUCCCUGCGGUUUCGCUCGAUCUCUGCGCCGUAAAGACAGUGGGCUACGUGGCUGAGACGGCUGGCGUGGCAGUCCGCAUGCAGAGAGCAGGCCACAUGCUACUGAGAGAAGAUCAACUCCUCGGAUUAUUGGAGUCAGCCAUUCUGCACCCGUUUACUCCUCAGAUCGUCGCGGGGCUCAACACUGGACCUGGCUCUCACUGGAAUCGUGAUGGAGAGUCACAGCUCGGCCGCGAUGCACGUUUCAGCGCCCUGCAAUAUCGACAGCCGCGAGAACAGCGAGCAAGAGAUGGUGACAUGGCUCACAAAAACUCACUUGCUGCUAGUCUGGCCGAGGUGACUUCCCGGACUGAUGCUGAAGCCAUUGUCUUUGAGGCGAUUGCACAGAAGUUGAGCUCCAUCUUCGUCAUAGCUGUUGGAGAGAUUGAGCCAAGUAAACACCCAUCUCAUUAUGGUGUCGAUUCACUGGUGGCAGUUGAGUUGCGAAAUAUGAUCUCGCUUCAGGCAGCAGCUGAUGUUUCCAUUUUCAGCAUCUUGCAGAGUCAGUCGUUAGGGGCGUUAGCUAGCGAGAUUGUGGAUAAGAGUAGAUACACCGAGGUUAUUUAG